GGGAGAGGAGGAGGGGCACAGCCGCUGAGCCACUAGCGCGGCUCGGACGCGCUUCUCUCCAGAUACUCCGGGAGCUCCAGCCGCGCGGAUCGCGCGCUCUCAGCGCUCUGCCCCCGAACUUCAGCUGCAGCUACAUUCCAAGCCAUCUAAUUUAUUCCUCAAAACCAGCAACUGAACCGCGGCACUGGGAAGGAGUCCGCGGAGGAGUAAAACAGCGGCAGAGCAAGAAGAGCUCGAGAGAGCAGCCUCCCCAGAGCAACAACUCGGUUUCGGGAGUGCAGCCACCAACAAGUGAGAAGGCGCCGCAUUCCCGGGGCGCAGCCGCGGGCGGCGGGAGCAGGCGCAGGAGGAGCCAGCGAGCGCCCCCGAGCCGGGAGCCCCAGCCGCGGCCGUUGCGGCUGCUCUGGCCCGGAUCUCUUUGCACCGGCUGCGCCGGGCGCUAGGCAGUAGGCUUCGUUUCGCCCUCGUUGCAAGCGGCGGCUGGGAGCAGCCGGUCCCCGGGGAAUAUGCGGCGCGCUUGGAUCCUGCUCACCUUGGUCUUGGUGGCCUGCGUGUCGGCGGAGUCGAGAGCAGAGCUGACGUCUGAUAAAGACAUGUACCUCGACAAUAGCUCCAUUGAAGAAGCUUCGGGAGUGUAUCCUAUUGAUGAUGAUGACUAUGCUUCUGCCUCAGGCUCGGGAGCUGAUGAGGACAUCGAGAGCCCAGAGCUGACAACAGCCCGACCACUUCCAAAGAUAGGGUUCACUGGUGUUGUUCCAAAAGUGGAAACCACGACACUGAAGACACAGAACAAGACACCUGCUCAGACGAAGCACAUUAAAAAAGAUCUUUAUAAUCUUUUCCCUUAUCAGUCACCUGAAGAAAUUGAUAAGGAAAAAGUUCAUCUCUCUGACUCAGAAAGGAAAAUGGACCCAGCUGAAGACGAUACAAAUGUGUAUACUGAGAAGCACUCAGACAAUCUGUUUAAACGAACAGAAGUCCUGGCAGCUGUCAUUGCUGGCGGAGUUAUUGGCUUUCUCUUUGCAAUUUUCCUUAUCCUGCUGUUGGUGUAUCGCAUGAGAAAGAAGGAUGAAGGAAGUUACGACCUUGGAGAACGCAAACCAUCCAGUGCUGCUUAUCAGAAGGCACCUACUAAGGAGUUUUAUGCAUGAAACUCCCACUUAGUGUCUCUAUUUAUGAGAUCACUGAACUUUUAAAAAUAAAGCUUUUGCAUAGAAUAAUGAAGAUCUUUGUUUUUUGUUUUUUUUUCAUUGAAGAGCCAUUCUGGCCCUUCAGUGAUAAAAUCCCAUUGUAUUUAAAACUUUUCAUGUAUUUCUUUAGAACGACAUAAAAUUAAAAUAACAUCUGCAGUGUUCUGUGAAUAGCAGUGGCAAAAUAUUAUGUUAUGAAAACCCUCUGUGUUCAUGGAAUCGGCUUAAACUUUAUGCGCAAAUACAAAAUGAUUGUUUUUAUCCUAUGGUUCAGAGAUGAAAGCUGUUUAAUUUGUGUCCGCAUGUCUCCGAUUGACCUUACCAAGUUGGUCUUACUUUGUUAAUUUAUCUGUUGUUCCCUCUCCUCUGCUCGUCCCUCUUGUCCCCUUGAAAACAAAACUCUAUGCCUUUUUGUAGCUGUUAUGGUGCAAUUUGUCUUUGGAUAAUUCAGAUAAUGGUAAUUUAGUGUAUAUGUGAUUUUCAAAUAUGUAAACUUUAACCUCCACUUUGUAUAAAUUUUUAAGUGUCAGACUAUCCAUUUUACACUUGCUUUGUUUUUCAUCACCUGUAGCUUCAGGCAGAUUUGCAACAGCAAAUUAAUGUGUAAAAUUGGAUUAUUACCACAAAACUGUUCAGUCAUAGCUAUCUAAUCAGAUCUUCUUUUGGGAGGAUUUGAUGUGAGUUACUGACAAGCCUCAGCAAACCCAAAGAUGCUAACAGUAUUUUGAGAAGUUGCUGCAGAUUCCUUUGGCCACUGUAUUUGUUAAUUUCUUGCAAUUUGAAGGUACGAGUAGGGGUUUAAGGAAAAAUCAGUUUUUGUUCUUAAAAAUGCAUUUAAGUUGUAAACGUCUUUUUAAGCCUUUGAAGUGCCUAUGAUUCUAUGUAACUCGUUGCAGACUGAUGUUAAUAACAGUUUAAAAAAAAAGUUGGUAUUUUAUAAGCACAGACAAUUCUAAUGGUAACUUUUGUAGUCUUACAAAUAGACAUCAACUGUAAUUUGGGAACAUAAAAACUACUGAAUAAAUCAUGUGGCCUAAUAUUGAAAA